AUGUCGAACGCCAUAGAAAUCGCACCACGGACGGGCGUUGCCUUCACGCUCAACAAAGGACAACGAUUGACCGUCAUUGAUCCCAAAGGCGUCCAGGUAUCUGACCUUGUCGCAUUCAACCGCCACGACCCCCAUGAGGUGAUUUCCAACGGCAGAACUCUGGACUACGCGAGCCGGAUCUACCUCACCACGGGCGAUCCCAUAUACUCGAACCGCAGCAACAUCAUGCUCGAGAUUGUAGAGGACACGUGUGGACGACAUGACUUCCUUUUGACACCUUGCUCCAAGGACACUUUCCGUAUCAUCUAUGGCGACAAGGAACCACAUCAAGGGUGCUUCGGCAACAUUGCCAAUGCCAUCAAGCAGUAUGGCAUAUCGGAAGACCAAAUUCCUUGCGCAUUCAACUGCUUCAUGAACGUGCCGAUCGAUUCCCAGACUGGAGAAUUGAAGGUUCUGCCACCGACCUCAAAGGCUGGAGAUCACAUCGAUUUCGUGGCGAAAAUGGAUCUCAUCGUCGCGAUGACUGCAUGUAGUGCACUGCAAUCGAACGGCGGUAGUUUCAAGCCGAUCCAGUACCGCAUUACUGGUUGA